CCCUGCUCGCUCGGCGGCAAACUGGCGCUGUUGUAUCAAGUGGCCUCUGGCAUAUCCUAUCUCCACGCCAGACGAAUCAUCCACGGCGACCUCAAGGCAGCAAACGUUCUUCUGGACCAGUCUCUCCGUGCUGUGGUAUCCGAUUUCGGUCUCUCUCGCACUAAGCACACGUCGGCCUCGUUGGAGCGGAACAGGUCUAGCCUGCUCAUCGGCGGCACCCAGGGCUAUUUAGCACCUGAGAUGCUACACGAAGAGAAUCCCAGUGGCAAUAGCAUGAAAACCGAUGUGUAUGCCUUUGCUAUCACCAUGUACGAGGUACUGAACGAUGCAAAGCCCGUCUGGGUCACCACCGAUGGGCAGCCGAUGCGUGAUCGAGUUAUCGAGACGCAGGUUUGUAAAGGAAAUCGCCCGAAGCGCAUCGACAACAUCCCCGACGACAUAUGGACCAUGGUGGAGCGAUGCUGGCAUCAAGUGCCCGAUCAGCGCCCCACCUUUGUCGAGAUCCUUGGCUGGCUAGAGCCAUUCAAGGCGCUGCACUCGCCCCCUGAACCGAAACCUCGAUCGACGCAAGGAGCCGACUCUCACCCGUCGGCGAGUUCGCAAGAUGCCCGCACUCCAACGCCUCGACAGAGGGAAUCAGAGUCCUAUCCUGGUGUCUCGCGCCUCAUGCUGCAGCGCGCUCGGAAAGGCGACCCAGACGCCUGUUUACUGGUGGCCAAGACCAUAACGAGCAGCAAGGACACCACCAGCACCGGUUGGGCCGAAGCCGCAACGUUCCUCCAGACCGCCGCGGACCACGAGUCUCUUGAUGCCUAUUUCUACCUCGGAUGGAUGUACUUUCUCGGCCUCGGUGUGCAGCAAAGCGACCUCGACGCACUCGAAUACUGGCGAGAGGUUAGCACAAGGAGUACCGACCCUAUUUCGAAGCCGAUUGCCACCCAUAUGCUCGGGUGGCUCCUCUACCUUGGCCGAGGAACAGCUCCCGACAUCGGCAAGGGAAUCAUGCUGAUCCGGCAGAGCAAGACCAGCGAAUUUGGGCUCGGAGAAGAUGAAUUGAUGUCCUCUGACACACUGAUUUCAUCCGACUCGGCCACUGCUGCUCAUUUCUUCCAUCUGUGCCAGUUGGGCCUGGAGCAUCAGUGGCUCUGCAAGCAUCUCGUUGGUGUGUGUUAUGUCCACGGAUUCGGCUCUGCGCAAGACCAACAGAGAGCUGCGGAUCUGUUCGAGGAGCUCGCAGGUCAAGGACAUGAUACCAGCCAGUACUGGCUCGGAAAGUGCCUCGACCGAGGAUGGGGGCGACCAAUCGAUGUGCCCGCCAAGUACAAGUGGUACCUGGCGGCGGCCGAAGGCGGCAACUCGUACGCCCAGAACAUGAUCGGGCGGAUGCAUGAGGUCGGAAGCCACGUUUCCAAAGACGACUCCUGUGCAGCAAAGUGGUACCGCAAAUCGGCCGAGCAGGGCAACAAGUUUGGCCAAAACAACCUCGGCUGGUGCUACCAGGCUGGAUGCGGGGUCGGGCAGGAUCCAUCCGUCGCCAUAGAGUGGUACCGCAAGUCGGCCGAGCAAGGGCAUUCGUCCGGCCAAAACAACCUCGGCGCCUGUUUCUUCAACGGAUGCGGGGUCGCCUCCGACCUCCCCAAGGCAAUCGAGUGGUAUCAAAAAUCGGCUGAGCAAGGGAAUGUGUACGCCCAGUGGAACCUCGCUCUCAACUACGAGUAUGGAAACGGCAUUGAGAAGGAUAUGGCGACUGCUCUGUCGUGGUACCGCAAAGCCGCGGAGAACGGACACAGUUCUGCGAGUGACAGGCUCCAGGUUCUUUCUCCGUAGCCAUCGGCGCUCUCCAAGCAGCGAUCUCAGUGUUGCUGUGCUUGAAUGCUCUCUGCUGUGCUGGCGUGUUUUGAGUGGGUACCUUUCUGUUCAUCCGCACCUUGCCACUCGGAGCAUAUCUUGAAGACGAUCGCACGUAAUCACAAUCGCAGCAGCCCCCGGG